AUGCCUCUCUGCGCCCCCAUGAGUAUUCGCUGCGUUAGUCAUGUUUAUGUUGCUGCUUGCAUGACAUGGCAGGCCAACAACAUUCGUGGUCAGUGGACACGUGCAUUUUCCAGUGCUACUCUAAUUGCGUUUGAUGGUAUUGGUGGCAUCAUUACUAGCUUGGUUUUCGAGAAAGAUGCACCUCGAUACCGACCUGGCGUAUAUACCGUACUCGGAGUAAACAUUGUCUUUCUCCUCGCCGUCUUAUCUCUGGCCCUUUGGUACCGGCGUUGUAACAAGAAGGCAGAUCGCGACGAACUUAUCAUUGCUGGUGUGACAGGGUUCCGAUACACGGUUUAG